GAAGCGUCAAAAUUCCCAGCUUUUCCUUCUUGGCUCUAAUUUGAAGUUUGAUUUCAUACUCAAUGCUUUAGAAAUGGAUGCCGCAACGGCGACAGCUGUGGCUGUAGCUGUAGCAGCUCAACUUUACAUCUCCCCCAUCCCAGAAGUCUCGACUAUCAAAGUCCUGCUCACUUAUUUCUCCGUUAAUACUGCUCUUCUCCUCUACCUCCUCACUUCAACUUCGCAAAUCGCAUACUCCCUAUUCCGCCUCACAUUCCUGAACUUCAUCUUCCUCUCUACAGCAAUAACACUAACUCUUUUCCGACGCCUCUACUUCUCCCCCCUCUCCUCAUUCCCCGGCCCUAAACUCGCCGCUCUCUCAAAUUUCUACAAAGCAAAUGCCUACCGCACCGGCCGAGGCGCUAAGGUACUCCUCAAACUCCAUGAGAAGUACAAUAGCGAUAUCGUGCGCGUUGGUCCCAAUGAGUUGAGUAUCAGGAAUGUCGAUGCCGUGGAGAAGAUUUAUAAGGGCAAGUAUCCGAGAGGAUCGUUUUAUGAGGUGGGAGCGAUUAAUGGAGCGUAUAAUUUGAAUACGCAGAGGAAUUAUGAUGUGCACACGCCUUGGAGGAGAAUUUGGGAAAGGGCUUUCGUGAGUACAGAGUUCAAGGACUACAAUCCUCGUGUGGAGCACCAUAUCACCAAGUUAGUAGAGGUAAUUCGGAAAUCCGAAGGGCAGGAGGUUAAUGCCAUGAAACUGUUGGAGAAUUUGGUAUUUGACAUAAUGGCGGAUCUCAGCUUUGCCUACGAUUCGGGAAUGCAAGAUGGAAAAGGAGACAACCAAUAUAUGGACUUCACCCACAAGUACAUGUUUGCCGUUGGGGUGAUCGCCGCCCUCCGCCCUCUCUGCCAGCUCCUCCCUCUCCUCCCCGAAACCUCAGAUGUCCGAGACUUCCGUCUCCGCGGUGAAAAACUGCUCGCAAACCGGCAAAAACUUGGCACCUCUAGAAAGGACAUCUUCCGCCACCUCCUCUCCCCUGAUCCUGUGACUGCUUCCAAAUUCGAUCAAAAAGAUCUGAACUCCAACGCCAACCUAAUCAUCGUUGCCGGAAGCGAUACCACGACUACGGCCAUGACACAGAUGUUCCGCAUGCUGGCCAAAGACAAGAGAGUCUUGAAGAAAUUGCAGGAAGAGAUUGAUGAAUUCUGUUGUGAGGGGAAAGAACUGAGUAUCCAGACGACGACGAAUUUGACGUACUUAAAUGCGGUCGUCAAUGAAGGCCUACGAUUAUGCAAUCCACUUCCUACAGGCGUGUAUGCGGGCACUUACCCACAAGGCGUUGAAGUCGCGGGAAAGUUCAUCCCAGGCAAUGUGCAAGUAAUGGUUCCCCAUUUAGCGAUUAUGACAGAUGAGAGAUAUUUCCCUAAAGGGUGGGACUUCAUUCCCGAGCGGUGGACAGGGGAGUGGAGCGAGGGUGUUAAGGAGAGGAAGGCGUUUAUUCCGUUUGGAUAUGGGGUGCACAGCUGUGUGGGGAAGCAGUUGGCGUUGAACGAGAUGCGGUUGACGCUCGCGAUGGUGGUGAGGGAGUUUGAUGUUGUGCUUGGAGAGCGGUAUGAUGAGGGGACUUGGGAGGAGGAGUGGAAAGAUCGUGCUGUGCUGCAGAUUGGGAAGUUGUGGGUGCAUUUUGUGGAACGGAGAUAA